UUAUUAAUAACAUUUUAUCCUCUGAGUAAAGGUACAAUGACGUAAAACGUCAUUUCAUAACAUGUCAAAAUAAAUAGACAAGAAAACAAGGUGACAGACGUCAAUUCAUAUAAAACGUCACACACACAUUAGGAACAGACCUCAUCAACGACGGACUCAUAAACCUACAUAUCAAAUUCUGCAACAUCAUCCAUAUAUUCAAGAAUAGAAUCAAGAAGAAGCAAGAAAACCGAAGAAAGAAACCUGCACCUAUAAAAUAUUAUAGUCAGUAUUCAACAAGUGGUCCUUCGAGUAAAGAAAAAUCUUCGAUUUUCAAGCAAAUUCAAGAUUCGAAAAUUGGAAAACCAACGGUCUUCUAUGCCGGCCUUUCUUCAGAACAGUGAGUCCGUUCCGAUUUUAUCUUAUCCUGUCCUACUAUCCUCCUAAUCUUCUAUUUAAGAUUGCCUUAUUUGCGAUAGAUAGGUCGCUUAUUUCGGCGUAAUACAAAAUACUCGAACAAAAUUUAAAAAAAAAAAACGGUCAUAUUUUUGAAUAUUCAUCACUUCGUUCAUUUAUUUAUAGUCGUACUUCAAUACACGUAGUAAACUUAUUUUCAAUAAUAAUUAAGUUUCUUAGGUCGUAAAUUGACCUUAAGGGACAACAGUGUGUUUUUGCCCUUAGUCGCCCGCGGUCACGGUCAAGGUCAUCGCCACCGGUGUCGCGUCUUUAUUUACUAAGAUUUAUACAUUUAAAAUCAGUGAAUUGACUACUAUUAGUGCAUAUUUAACGUUUUAAAUCCAUAUAAAUAAAAAUGUGUGAUGCAAAAAUCAAAGAUUUAGUCAAAAAGCGUGGUUCGAUUAAGUCAAGACUUACACAAUUUUCAACAUUUUUAUCAUUAUUAAAUAGUGGUGAACACCUAAGUGAUAUACAAAUAAAGGAGUUAGAGUGUCGUUUUCGUAAGAUCGAACAGUUAUAUGGUGAUUUCGAAAGCCUGCAGUCAGAAAUCGAAGCACUAACAGACCCUCCAGAGACGGCCUACCAAGAUCGUGAAGCCUUCGAUGGAAUAUACUUCAGUAAAGGCAGUACACCUCGAGCUGGUAACCGAUCUUACAAAAGAGGCCUAUCUAGCUUGUCUGAAUCGAUUUAUAUCGAGGCGUGGAAAGCCGGAAACCAUUUACUCUGACAACGCGUCCACGUUCAUAGGUGCCUCAAAUGAGCUCGCGCAGUUCCUCAAAGGCAGCGUAGACUACGUGCAAGCACAACUAGCUGAACAAGGUAUUAACUUUAAAUAUAUUCCAGCGUAUAGUCCUCAUUUUGGCGGUAUCUGGGAAGCCGCUGUUAAAUCAGUUAAACACCAUUUGCGCAGAGUGCUUUCUUUGACUCACUUUGAUUAUGAAGAAAUGGCGACCUGCUUGGCGCAGAUAGAGGCAGUUUUAAAUUCGCGUCCCCUCACACCUCUAUCCACAGACCCCUCCGACCUUUCCUAUUUAUCUCCAUCUCACUUCCUCAUCGGACGACCACUGUUAGCAACAGCACAGGCAAACCUCUUAGACAAAGAAGUCAAUCGUCUCCAGCGAUAUCAACGAGUGGAGAAACUUCGUCAACACUUUUGGCAGAGAUAUUCGUUGGAAUACGUUUCGUUGCUUCAAACUAAAGGCAAAUGGAGGCAGUCAAUGGACAAACUGAAGAUCGGAGCCCUCGUCUUAGUAAAGGAUCGCACACAGCCACCUCUUCUUUGGCUCAUGGGUCGAGUCACAAACAUCAUUUACGGCGGCGACUCCAUCGGCAGGGUGGCUCAACUGAACACUAAGAAAGGCAUUAUCACGCGAGCCUUCAACAACAUAUGCCCGCUUCCCUUGGACGACAUCAGCCCGGGGGGGAGCAUGUUGUGAAACAACAAAUAAAUUUCAGAGGAUAAAAUACUCGACAACAAUAACCUUAUUAAUAACAUUUUAUCCUCUGAGUAAAGGUACAAUGACGUAAAACGUCAUUUCAUAACAUGUCAAAAUAAAUAGACAAGAAAACAAGGUGACAGACGUCAAUUCAUAUAAAACGUCACACACACAUUAGGAACAGACCUCAUCAACGACGGACUCAUAAACCUACAUAUCAAAUUCUGCAACAUCAUCCAUAUAUUCAAGAAUAGAAUCAAGAAGAAGCAAGAAAACCGAAGAAAGAAACCUGCACCUAUAAAAUAUUAUAGUCAGUAUUC